CCAAUCUCUACCUCCAGCGAAGGUCGUCAGGAGUAGACAUGAACCCGCUCGUCUGUAGCCCUGCUUCAUUUAGGAGGAUACUGUCGAGGUCCGUGAGCCCAGCUAAUCACAAACUAAAGAACAUUUUAUGCCUCCCUUAGACAUUACAGCGAUCAUGGCUACAGGCACAGGCUGCCGUGGGCGGUUGGUUGUGCUUUUUCUGCAGAUGGUCUUGAUUUGCUCAGCCCAAAGAGGUCUACCUGGUCCCCGAGGUCCCCCUGGUCUCCCAGGACCCGCAGGCGUUCCUGGAGUUGAUGGCAUAGAUGGAGACAGGGGAGACGACGGCACAGAUGACACCACUCCUGGUCCAGAUGGGGAUCCUGGCCAACCCGGAUCUGCAGGACUGCCUGGAGAGCCCGGAGCCGACGGCUUGACUGGGCCUGCAGGAGAGGUGGGGCCAGAUGGCCUUAUUGGCCAGAAAGGCGAGCCCGGUAAGAUUGGACCGCGUGGACCAGCGGGUGUUGGGCCUGAUGGACCCCCUGGACCACCUGGACCAGCGGGGCUCCCAGGUGAACUGGGUAAAGUUGGACUUCCUGGAGACAUAGGAUUGAGAGGGCCACCGGGGCUUCCCGGGUCACCUGGACCCAGGGGUGUUCCUGGGAUACAUGAUGGAACUACAGAAUUGUGUCCUAACGCCUGCCCCCUUGGCCUAGCUGGACAUCCUGGUCUGCCAGGUAUGAAGGGCCACAAAGGUGUGAAAGGUGAAUCAGGUGAGCCAGGAAAACAAGGACACAAGGGUGAAGAAGGCGACCAAGGAGACCCUGGAGAGCCUGGUGCGCAAGGCCCACAUGGUCUUCAGGGAAUCAGGGGAAUUACUGGAAUGAUGGGCCCAAAAGGUGAACAGGGGCCUCGAGGCAACAUUGGAAACCUAGGUACUCAAGGUGUUGAAGGUGCACUCGGGGAUCAAGGCCAAAGAGGAGUGGUGGGUGAGACUGGUCCAAAGGGGAACCAAGGACCUCAAGGGCCAAGAGGACUCACAGGUCUCCCUGGACCGAAGGGAGAGGGUGGGCUACCAGGAGUGGAUGGCCGCGAAGGAAUUCCUGGAAUGCCAGGGUCUAAGGGCAUUACUGGGAAACCAGGAGCUCCAGGGGAGAUGGGGGUUCAGGGACUUCCUGGUUUACCAGGUGCACCUGGCCCAAAAGGUGUCAGUGGUGAGAAGGGCAACACUGGUGACCCUGGCCUUGCUGGACGGAUGGGAUCCUCUGGUAAAACAGGAGAGCGAGGGGAACAAGGAGAAGUAGGACCUGUUGGACAAAGAGGUGGGCCAGGUGAAAGAGGAGAGCAGGGUCCCAGUGGUCCUCCUGGAAAACCAGGCCCCAGAGGGGCUAAAGGGGACCUUGGGCUGCCUGGGCAUCCUGGCCCACCAGGACUGCCAGGAAUGAAGGGAGACAGGGGUGUGGUUGGUCAAACAGGCCCAAAAGGUGAACAAGGAGAUGCUGGAGCAGAGGGAACACCAGGAGACAAAGGAGAACAAGGUGACCAAGGAGAGCCUGGAGUGAAAGGAGCAACUGGGAGUCCUGGAGAAACUGGAGCCAGGGGACCAGAGGGAAGCCGCGGACAGCCUGGGCUUGAGGGACCUUCUGGCAGUCCCGGACCCCGGGGGAUGCAGGGAGACAGGGGUGUGCCUGGGUUCCCAGGGUUCCAGGGACCAUCGGGUAAACAGCCAAGUGAUCAGCACAUCAAGCAAGUCUGCAUGAGAGUAAUUCAGGAGCAGUUGGCCCAGUUGGCAGCUAGUCUGAGGAGGCCGGAGUCUGGGGUUGCUGGUCUGCCUGGUCCAUCUGGGCCUCCUGGUCCCCCUGGCCCCACUGGAGAAAGCGGCUUCCCUGGGCAUGUUGGUGCAAGAGGGUUGCCAGGGCUCAAAGGACCACCAGGCAUCAUUGGGGUCAAAGGGCUUAAAGGUGAUAUGGGAGACCGAGGAGAUAGAGGACCAACAGUACGAGGAUCAAAAGGCCUACCUGGAGUGCCUGGCCUACCAGGUGAACCUGGAAGACCUGGUUAUGGGACAGAUGGCCGUGAUGGUGAGAGAGGUCCUCCUGGUGUGCCUGGUAUCCCUGGAAUCCCUGGGCCUCCAGGUCCACCUGGUCUCAAUGGCUAUUGUGAUCCCUCAUCAUGCAAUUUACAGGCAGUGGCAGCCCCACAGUCUGCUAAGGACAGCAGCAUGAAAGGGCCAGAUGGCCCAUGAGCAGGCUUCUGAGCAUAGCAUUGACCCUAACCAGGGCAGAAAGAACUGAGACUAAUGGAACACUUUCCAUUGAAGACUUACUGGCACAACAUGAGCAGCCUCACAUUUUUUAUGAUAGAGCGAGAUGUGUUAUUUUAACUGUUGUUUUUGUUUUAUUCUGUUAUGGUGCUCACCGGUCUGUAGAAUCCCAAGAGAUAAAAUGUGUGUUUCGAUCUCAGCUGUAGUGCCUAAUGUGUAAUAAUGAAAAAAAGAGCUUUCGUUUUGUCACAUGUAUUACAGUGGAGACCCAGGUAAAACCCAGAAGAAAAAAAAAACAUUUUAAAACAAAAAAAUGUUUUAAAACGUUCCUUUUAAAAACAUAAUAGUGAAAACAGAAUAGGCUGCUUUAUUAUAUGUCAGAAAUCUUUGUUCAUGUGCAAUUUUUUUGACUUUCAUACUGAUUACAUUCCCUGCUAAAUUAAUUUAUUUAGGAAGUAUGUUUCUUUUUUCCACAUCCUGAUUUUAAUCAGGAGAUAAUGGUCAGUGUGUCUCAAUACAGUGAAAGCAUAGAAGGAAGGCAGUAAGACACUUUUUACUGUUAAUGUUUAGGAAAUAUCCAUACAUUUUAUGAUGUUUUUAUUUAUUAUAUGAAGGUCAAAGGUGCCCUCUAAGGUACAAAAUAGGAAAAAUAACAGCAGACUCACCAGUAUCCACCAGUACACAGUUAACAUAAUUUUAGAUGAUCUAUAUCAUCAAAGGUAAUUUGAUUAACAGGCUAAUAACAACCUUAAGUGUUAAUAAACAUGGUUUUUGCUGAGGGAAGUCAAGCCUAGAAAUCCUCCUGGACGUCUGUGAGUAAGCCACAAAACAUUUUGACUCCAACCAGGCUCCUGAUAUGUAUUUGGACUACAAAAAGGGAUUUAAUGAAGUACCAUCAGAUAGAUUCAUUGUGGAAUUUACCCAGUAGGAAUAGCUCAGUAGAAGUUUCUCUAAUGUUCAAUAGCACCCACACAAAUAUUUUUUUUUUGUUUUUAUUGAGCAUAUUAACAUUAUUUCUCUUAGAACAUUGUUUUAACAUUAUAUUUGAACAUAAUGAUUAGAACAUGUACAUGAUUAUAAACUUGUAUGGAUAUGGACUGUCUAUAUUGACAAUUACAAAUUCAUUGUUCUGUUUACCAAAUUGAAUGUUCACCCACUGGAACCUAUUCUCUGUGAAUGGCAUGUAUUCAGCAUUCAUGUUCUCAUGGCACCCACUCAUUGCCAUUGAAAUAAAGUGAGGUUGGAUAAUGACAA